UGCGGUUCAGAAUAUUUCAAUUAUAAGAAAUAUAAUAGCAUUGUUCUGAUGGCUAUGGUUGAUGCGGACUACAAAUUUUUGUUUGUAGAUGUUGGAGCUUAUGGUCGUGAAUCUGAUGGAGGCGUUUUCGCAAGAUGUGCUCUUUCAAUGGCUCUUGCAGAAAACAAGUUAAAUUUUCCGCCGCCGAAACCACUUCCACAUGAACGUGAUGAAAUGCCAUUUGUCAUUGUAGCUGAUGACACUUUUCCCUUAAAAACGUACUUGAUGAAACCAUUUAGCUUCCGCAAUCAAGUUAUGUCGUACAAAAUAUUUAAUUAUCGGCUAUCCAGAGCCAGAAAUGUUGUGGAAAAUGUGUUCGGCAUAUGUGCAUCACGUUUUCGAAUACUCAGAAGACCCAUGAAUGUUACUCCUGAACAUGCUACAGUUAUUGUACUCGCGAUUUGCAUAUUCAUAAUUAUUUGUUAA